AAACUUCUUUAUCUACGAUUUUCCUCCCAUCCAACUUCAACUCACAAUCAUCUCCAUCUCCUGAGACGGCGUAGAAUAUAGUCAGUGUCCGUGGGAAAAAUCAUCCCUCAGCAGCAAUAUCUUGAAGUGGGUUUCGAAAAAAGCAGCUGUUUUUUUGUUUCAGCUUCAUAGUUCACAUCGCUUUCAAUCUCAGUCAUUGCACGUUAUAUUUCCUCUGUCGGGAAUUCAACCAGCUCGUCUUCUGUCUACGGCAACUCCAACUAGUAAAAGGUGACUGACCUAGACUCUUGUGGUGUCCACGAAAAAAAAGAUCUACAGAUACAUAAAUUAGUUGACAGGAAAACCCCAAAACUCCAAAUCUAUCACCCCCAGUCUUUAACUCGUUGAUCAAUCUGAUUGUCUAUUUUAGUAGUCUGGACUCGACUGACUUUGACUACAGAAUAAGAAUCCAGUGCCCCGCCGUAGCGUCUCUCAUCAAAGGAUUCACUAUCGCAACAAGCGCAACUCUAAUUUAUAAAAUAAUAUUGAUAUCACGAACAUCUCGCUGAUAACUCUGGUGUCCACCAACUCCAACAGUCUUUUAUUAGCCACAUAUAUCGCCAGAUAUAUACCUUGACUUCCGGCUGCCUUCCCUAACUUCCAUAUGAGCUACAGCGAGUUUCGCCCCAUGAUGUCGUCCUACGAUAAUAACAACGCCGCCAACUCCUCUAACUUCCACCCCCAUCCCAACGCAUACCAACCGCAGCAAGUGCCUCCACCCCCACACCAAAUGAAGGAGAACCAGUACGACAACCAGCCUCGGUUCUACUCCUCCCCGGUUGUGAUGCAGCAACCGUCGUAUCUCCAGAUGAAUCCUCCUAACGGCCAGUACACCAUCAACCAGCUGGUGAUGUAUCCACCUCCAGUUGCGCAAAUCGCCGGCCAGAACUACGCUCAACAGCAACAACAACAGCAGCAACAGCAACAGCAACAGAACCCGGGUUACUUUGACCCAAUACCGGUCAACAACUAUCUCUUGAUCCCCAACAAUGGCGGCAACCAGCCCAGCGUGACGCCCGGCGGCAGCAGCAUCAGUAGUAAUAACAACAACAGCAAUAAUAAUGUAGCUACUGCCAAUAACGCAGGUGUCUCGAAUGCGUCUGGCGCAAACAACGCACCAGGCGCCAACGCUGCUGGGACUCCCAACAACGUCAACCAGGCCAACUUUUACAACCAGAGUUACUCCCAGUAUCACGUUCCCGUACCAGGCCCACAGUUGGGCAUUCCCUCGCUCUCUGUAGCUCCACAGAAACCAUCGGGAGCCGGCGGUGCCGGCAGCCCUCCAGUAAUUUACUCUAACUUCCCAGAACGUUUGCAGCAGCUUUUACCUCCUCCUCCUUUGCUGCGUGCCAGAGCUAGACCAGACUUGAAUCUCAACAUUGCACAGAAACGCGCAAAGAGAAAGUCCAAGUUCCUGAAGGCUCAGGACGAAUUGAUCGUCUCGCUCAAGAAGAAGGGUAAGUCGUGGGUAGAGAUAGCCGAGAUAUCGGGUGUUGGGUCCUAUUUAGCUGCCAGAAACAGAUAUCAAGUCAUAGUGGGACAGCAAGGUAACAACAAUCUGUCCAGUUGGGAUUUGCGUGACAAGGUUCACUUGCAGCAGAUUUUAGACGCGGGCGAAUUGGAAAAAUGGCGCUUCAUCAGUUCCGAGUUGAACAAGGCCACCAACAAGACCUUCACUGACGCUGAGUGUCGUGAUGUCAUCAGAUAUAUGUUCUGGAAUAACCCUGGCUCGUUCGGCGUUAACGAGGAUACAAUCAACGAAUGCUUGAAGGAAAAGAAAAUCACGGAGAAAUCUAUCGAACAGAGAGACCAGCAGUACAAGAAAAAGAGCGAUGGCUCUAUCGGCUCUUUAGACGAAAAUUUACUGAGAAAGAGAAAGUCAAUUCUGCUGCCUGAACUCAAGAAAGAAGCUGCCAAUGCCUCAGCCGCUACGGUAACCGCUGUAAAUAAUACCAAUGCCGCCGCAUACUACUCCAGUGGAGCUCCCCAGACGUUGCCCCAUCCUUAUCAUCGUGGCUAUGGCUCCAACACUCCGGGUGCCAACACAAAUGCCUCCAACACUGCUGCUAACCAAUACGCCAGCUAUUCAAAGCAUUACUAUUGAACCAUUGCCUGAACGCUAUAUCAGCCAACAAACUUCAAUUCUCCUUAUAGUUGGGACAAUGGUACCGGUGAUGUGCUGCUGUUCGUGGAUUAUCGAUAAUCUUUAGUGGGAAAUUUGCUCUUCAUUUCUAGUUUAUAUUGCGUUUGCCAGUUACGAAACGACUUUUUAUAAAUGUAUUUCUACUCC